AUGUGUUACUCUACGCCGUCAUCAUAUAGUCACCCAGCCAUGGGGGACGAAACGGUGUCCAGGCUGUUCCGCGUGAGACGGACAAUCUUUGAGAUGCUACACGAUCGCGGGUACCUUGUAGCUGAUCGCGAGCUUCGAGCGACCAAGGAUGACUUCAGAGACCAAUUCGGGGACGACCCUCAACGAGACGAUCUGACGCUACUGAAGCAGAAGAGAGACAACCCUAGCGACGAGAUUUACGUGUUCUUCCCGGUGGAGACGAAGGUGGGCAUCAAGACGCUCAAGGGGUACUACGAGAAGAUGAAGGGGUCGGGCGUGUCACGAGCCGUCAUGGUGGUACAGCAGAACCUCACGCCCUUCUCCAAGAAGAUCCUCGCUGACAUGGCACCCAAGUACAUCAUUGAGGUCUUCCAGGAGGGCGAGCUUUUAGUGAAUGUGACAAAGCACGAGCUAGUACCGCAGCACGUGGUGUUGACAGACGAGGAGAAGCACAUUCUGCUGGAGAGAUACACAGUCAAGGAGCACCAGCUGCCCCGUAUGCAGAGGAGUGACCCAGUGGCUCGCCGACGCGCUGCGCGAGUGGGGAGCGACACAAUGCCGGCCUCAGCGCCCUACUCACCCCCGCCGGUCGCCUCCUCGCCACUCCCUAAGCGAGCAACAGACACCUUUGAGCCGCUCAAGGCACCCAGGGGGGGCUCAGCAUGGGGCACCCUUCUAGCAGCACUCGCGGUGGUGGUGCUGCUGGCCUGCGCGCCCCUCUCUUGGCGCCUCAGCACCAAGCCCUGGCGCCCGCACCUCUUCCCGCCUGUCUGCCGCCCGCCCACGCACGUGCACGCGCAGGCGGAUCAACUGCCCCGCCUGUUCAUGUUCAUUGGGACUGAAGGGAGCGGGCACGACCUCUUUGAGUACAUUUUCAGCUACCUGCCAGUGAACAUCAGCAUAGACCGCUUCAACCCCGACCUGCACCUCACAUCAUCGCCAGGGCAGAAGGUGGCCUCGGCACUGGACCCCACGGGCGCCACUGUUGACUGCCCCAAGCUGCCCUAUUCGCGCCAUGUGUAUGACUUUGGUGUCCGCAUGUCCACUGCGCUCAAGUCCAAGCUCCAGGACACAAACUACUACCUGCGCGCCAGGGACCCCUUCCCCAUGGGUCGCAUUCGCACGCCACUGGCCCGCCCUGACCUCAUCUCCCUCGCGACAUUCCAUGGCAUUCUGUACAACCUCAAGCUCAUGGUGCUAGUGCGCAACCUAACAGACACCGUCCUCUGGUCCGUGCUGCGCCGCUUCCACAACGACGAUGUGGGGCUGCAGGCGAGGCUGAUAGAGGACAGCAUGGUCUACGUUGAUGCCUCCUUCAGGACACUUCCUUGCGGCACGUUCAGCCUCAUUGACGUGGAUGCGCUGGUCAAAAGACCCAAGACCGCCUCCACUGCUCUGGCUCAGUUCCUGGGCCUACCCGGAGUGGCCAAGGAGGAGGUGUUCAGUGCGAUACAGCGCGGUAAGGAGAAGUGGGAGCCGACGCUCACAGUGCAGAGCGGCCUGGGUGCAACAGCAGACGGGGAUGAAGCAGCAGAGGUCACAUUCGACGGGCAAGCACUUGAAGUCUUUUUUCAGCAGCGCGUGGGGCUGUGGCCGCUGCUGGACGCAGCUAAGGGAAAGCCAGUCUUUGUGCCACUCGUCUGCUUCAGUUUUCUCCGAAAUUUUCUUAGUGACGACGCCGUUCAACUGAUGGUGUUGUCUCGAAGGCGUCGCUUCGCCGCGAAUGGCGCCGGACUUGCUGCAGAGGGCCCACUGGGGAUCCCCGUCGGCGUGCUGAUAGGAUUUGUCGCACUCGUCGCAUGCAUAAUCGCCACGGGGUACUAUGCGACGUCGCGUGCGAAUCAGGAGGCCAGCGAGGCGAAGGCGAAGCUCGCAGAGAUGGAGAAGCGAUGGGCGGAACGAGGGGGGUUGUCGCAGGCGCAGGGAGGGGAGGCGGAACCUCCUCCAGGGCGGUUAGGAACCAUGCAGGCAGGAGGGAUGAGCCAGAUGAAGAUGGAUGCAGGUAGCUUCUCGCGCUGCCUUCAUCAAUUCACGGAGCUGUGCACCCUCGAAUUCACGGAGCUGUGCACCCUCGAAUUCACGGAGCUGUGCACCCUCGAAUUUCCUCGCCUCCCUCUAAACAUGGGCAUGGGGAUGGUAGUGGAGGUCAUGAUGAUAAAGAUGAUGCUGAUGCUCAUAAGCAUGACCAUGAGCACGACCAUGAGCAUGAGCAUGAGCAUGAGCAUGAGCAUGAGGAUCAGGAGGAUUUACCAUGACCAUGACCAUGACCAUGACCACGAUGAUGAAGAUGCAGACCGUGAUGACCAUGAGGGCACGGAUGAGGGCAAGCAUGACAACGACCAUGAUGGGCAUAGCGACAAUCAUGGUGAUGAUCAUAGUGAUGAGCAUAGUGACAAUUCCAAGAGGAAGUUUUCCAAGCAUGGUGAAGAGGAUGAUGAGAAAGAUGAGAAGGACAAUGAGGAUAAGGAGGAUGAGCAUGGCAAGGACAAGCAUGGUGAUAGUGAGGAGGAUGAUGAGGAUGAUAAGCAUGAUAAGCACGAUAAGGAUGAGAAGGAUGAUGACGAAGAAGAGAAGGAUGAUAAUGCUGAGCAUGAGAAGGGUGUGGAGGCUGGUAUGGGGGACUAG